AUGCAGAAAAAUACCUGCAAAGAGGGGAAUCACCACUGUUCUGAGUGUGGAAAGAGCUUUACUACCAGACCUGGUCUCCAAAGACACCAGCGCAUUCACACAGGAGAGAAACUGAAUUACUGUUCUGAGUGUGGAAAGAGCUUUAGUGUGCGUUCUGCCCUUCAGAUACACCAGCGCAUUCACACAGGAGAGAAACCGUAUCAGUGCUUUGACUGUGGGAUGAGUUUUAAUCACAAAAGUAAUCUCAAAUCACAUCAGCGCAUUCACACAGGAGAGAAACCGUUCCAGUGUUUAGAGUGUGGGAAGUUUUUUAGUCAGAAACAUAAUCUGAAAUCACAUCAGCACAUUCACACAGGGGAGAAACCGUAUCACUGCUCAGAGUGUGGAAAGAGGUUCACUGAGGGAAGAAGUCUCCAAAGACACCAGCGCAUUCACACAGGAGAGAAACUGUAUCAGUGCUCAGAGUGUGAAAAAUGCUUUACUACACUGACUCAGCUCCAUUUGCACCAGCGCAUUCACACAGGAGAGAAACCAUAUCACUGCUCAGAGUGUGGAAAGAAUUUCACUGAGAGAAGUAGUCUCCAAACACACCAGCGCAUUCACACAGGAGAGAAACCAUAUCGGUGCUCAGAGUGUGAAAAAUGCUUCACUAGACUGACUCUGCUCCAUGUGCACCAGCGCAUUCACACAGGAGAGAAACCAUAUCAGUGCUCAGAGUGUGGAAAGAGCUUUACUACACUGACUCGGCUCCAUGUGCACCAGCGCAUUCACACAGGAGAGAAACCAUAUCAGUGCUCAGAGUGUGGAAAGAGGUUCACACAGAAGGGUAAUCUCCAAACACACCAGCGCAUUCACACAGGAGAGAAACCAUACCAGUGCUCAGAAUGUGAAAAAUGCUUUACUACACUGACUCAGCUCCAUUUCCAUCAGCGCUUUCACACAGGAGAGAAACUGUAUCACGGCUAA